CUACGAUAGCACGCCUACCACCCCCAGAACACAGGUCAAAAGUCUUUCAACAUGUCGAACCUUCCCAAGCAGAUGAAAGCCCUCCGGUACGAGAAGCCCGAGGAUUGGUCAAUUGUCCAAGUUCCUCUCCCAGAGCUUCGGGAGAACGAUGUUCUGGUCAAAGUCAGAGCUUGCGGUGUUUGUGGCACUGACUUGCAUAUUCACGAGGGAGAGUUCAUUGCAAAAUUCCCAUUGAUUCCUGGCCAUGAGACCGUUGGUGUUGUUGCCGCUGUCGGACCUAAAGUCAAGGAUUUCAAGGUCGGCGACCGUGUCGCUGCCGACAACAGCGAACUCUGCAAUGAGUGCUUCUACUGUCGACGUGGAGAGCUUUUACUCUGCGAGCACUUCGAGGCUCACGGUGUCACCAUGAACGGUGGUUUCGCCGAGUACUGCGCGUACCCUGCCGGCAAGGUCUUCAAGAUCCACAACCUUAACGAUGUCGAUGCCACCCUUCUCGAGCCCGCCUCCUGUGCCUGCCACGGUCUGGACAAGAUCCGGCCUCGUCUCGGAUCAAGCGUCCUCAUGUUCGGCGCCGGCCCCACCGGUCUCAUGCUCGCUCAACUCAUGCGCCACAACGGUGGUUGCAAUGUCACCAUCGCGGCCCCUCAAGGUUUGAAGAUGGACCUCGCUCGCAGCUUGGACGCUGCCGACAACUACAUUGAACUGUCCCGCUCCGACCCCCAGGUUCAGUUCACCCAGCUCCAGAAGGACCACCCAUACGGCUUUGACGUCGUCGUUGAGGCUACUGGUUCCGUCAAGAUUCUCGAGGAUGCCAUCAACUACGUCCGCCGCGGUGGCAAGCUCGUCGUCUACGGUGUCUACAGCAGCUCUGCCCGUGUAUCAUGGCCUCCCUCCAAGAUUUUCGGUGACGAGAUCACGAUCCUUGGCUCCUUCUCCGAGACCUACAUGUUCCCCGCCACCAUUGACUACCUUGACUCGGGCAAAGUCAAGACCAAGGGUAUCGUCAACAAGACGUUCAAGCUCGAGCAGUUUGGCGAAGCUCUCGAGUCCAUCAAGAACAAGAGCGCCAUCAAGGCGGCCAUUGUUUUCGAUGAUGCUACUGGAGUGUAAGGGCUCUCUGUGCCGCAAUGCAAGCAUGACAGAACAGACUGGUUUCUUUCUUCCCUCUCGUCACUCUCUCCCGAGUAUGAAGUUGCUUUGACCGUUGUUCAAAAAACAAAAAAGUCUCUGCUUGGCUCAUCUCAUUUCGUUACUUAGACAAGCAUCGGAUCGGAGUCAGAAGCUGGUGGGACGGCUGUAGGGCGGGACGGCGGUUGGCGCAUAGUGAAAUUGAAAAAAAAAAAAAAAAAAAA